AUGACAACAUGUCCACAGCUGUGUGUGCCAUCAGUGGAAUACUGUCCAACGGAAAUGCAGUGUGCCUCCAACGCCACCUUAUGUGCUGAUGGGUCCUGUAGAUCGACGGAAUUCGAAUGCAGUACUAGUGGAUAUUCAAUAUCGCCAUGUCCGGCUGAUUGCGCUCCCGUCGCUUGUGCUCCGCUCAUCACGACCUACAAUGUCUGCACCAACAUCUACGGACCCUACUAUGAGGAAAUGGCUGCCUUGUGCAAAAAUACUACCACCAGCAACGGCCAGACCAGUGACAUCUCUUGGACAGCCCCUGCCUAUGUGACUGGCUACGUAUGGUUGGCGACCGUCACCGUGGCUGUCAUUACCUGGUGCUGGUUCAACAACCAAUGGUUCCCAGUCCAGGGGUCUACCAAGCUACUGCAACUGAGGCUGGAAACUCACAUUCGCAAUGAUCCUAAUGCCAACACGGCACAGCUGUACCAGACAGGAUACCAAAAACACCACGCCGUGGGGAACAUUCUCUACAUCAUGACCCUCAUUACCUUUUUUGGGUGGUACGCCCUCUUGGCAUACACCACCUUUCUCAGUUAUCAAAAUGAGGCAUCCCCCGAGGGAAUCAUGCAUGCCCUACAGACAUUCAGUCUUCUUUACAAUCUCGGAUUUCUAUGGAACUUGGCAUUCUAUUGGCCCUACAGUAUCCAAUCUCUAUUUUAUCGACGAUCCAGUCUCGCCACCGCAAAUCUAGUGGCGGUGCGAUAUCAGCAAACGACACAAGGUCAUCGGAAGGACGGUAAUAACAACUCCAAGAACAACAAGCCAGGAGAGAAGAACAGCGACGACAAUUCAUUAUUACACGGAACAUUCCAGCCAACACGGUGGGUUCCACCGUCCAUUACACGCACGCUCAAUCGAAUCAGUCGAGCACUGGGGGUUGUCAUGUCGUGGGUAUUUGCCGCCGAGGACGACAGCUACAAGACUAGUACGACGACGGAUUCCAUGAUGGAGUACUGCACCGUCCAUCAAAAUCCCGAAGAUGGAUCCCGCUAUUUUUGCUUUCUCUUUCGUCGAUACAACUUUGAUGAAUCACAGCAAAUGUUUGUACCAGGGACAUGGUCCAUUGGCAAGACAUUUGCCGAAAUGAAACCUCCUGGAGUCCCCAAUGUCGAUGCCUUGGCGCAGGGGACCAUGACAAAGCUUUACGAUACCACGGCGACCAUCCCAGAAGAAAAUAGUUUGGAUUACAGUGAAGGAAAAGCAGCAAAUGGGUUGACGCCCGAACAAGUGGCCAAGCGCCGUCAAGUUAUUGGACCCAACAAGAUUGAAAUGGUAAAACCAUCCCUGUGGGGAAUGUUCCGUCAGGAAAUUUCCAAACCCUUCUACCUCUACCAGUUUCAAAUCUUGUGGAUCUGGGUCACUAUCCAGUACUGGUACAUGAUGAUUGCCAAUUGGACUGUGAUUCUCAUUAGUGCCUGUCUCAUUUCUUGGUUCCGGUAUCGAUCUGCCAGUGUCCUCUAUGCCUUGUCCAAUACUGAUGGCUAUGUGACCAUUUUGCGGGGCGAAGAGUUUGUGGAACUACACCAAUCCGAAACGGUUCCGGGGGACAUUGUCCAGCUCCAACCUGGCGUCAUUCACUGUGACAUGGUCCUAUUGGCAGGAGAAGCCAUUGUAGAUGAGAGCGCCCUGACAGGGGAGGCAACACCCAGUUCCAAAUCGUCAGUGGAUCUGUUGAGCGAAGAAAUGUACGAUCCUACAAUACACAAACGACAAACCUUAUCGGCGGGAACCAAAAUUCUGGAAACACAUGGUGGCAUUGCCCUCGUGACGCAGACAGCUUCCUUUACACGCAAGGGAGAGCUGCUGCGAGAAGUCAUUGCAUUCCGGCGGCAUCAGGUGCAGUAUGAGAAGGAUUUGCCCUAUGCGGUGCUGCUUUUGGUCGGAUACAGCAUCUUCUUGUGGCUCCUGGUGUACUUCAAAGCCAGUGAUGUCCAUGUUGUUGCGUGGUACCUGGGACUGUGCGCCGUGGCAAAUUCACUUCCACCGCUCCUUCCGGUAUCAUUUACUCUACCUCUUGGUUACUCCUUUGAGCGACUGGCGAGAAAGCAGGUGGUCUGCUCCAACUCGGAUAUUUUGAUGGCUGGAGAAGUUACUACAGUUUUCUUCGAUAAAACUGGCACGCUCACCCGUCAGGGUCUGGACUACACCGACUGCAGGAGUGCAGAAAAGUCAAAGUUUGUCCCUUUUGUAUCACCCGUUGUUGCCAUUACCAUGGCUUCCUGCCACACUUUAGUGAUGUCCUCGAAUGAUGGUACCUUGAUUGGGAAUCCCAUUGACAAAGCAAUGUUUAGUGCCAGUGGAGCAGAAAUAUUCUUAAAUGAGGCUGUCCACAACAAUACGCAAAGCCAAACAGUCAGCAUUGUUCAGCAGGAUGGCACCAUUAUUGAGGUUCUACGGCGUUUCGACUUUGAUCACUAUCUCAUGACGCAGAGUGUGAUUGUCAGACUCCCGGAUGGAUCACUCAUGGCAUUGGCGAAAGGCAGUGGAGAGGCCAUUCGGGAUAGAUGUCGAGUUGAGACUUUGCCAGAGGACUUCGAUGAGUCACUGGAGGAUUUUGCUCGGAUUGGCAUGUACCAGAUAGCAGUCUCUUUCAAGAAACUGCCUGCAAUGGACACAGCCAACAUCGUGUCAAUGACACGAGAGCAAAUUGAGGAGGACAUGACCUUUGCAGGAACGUUAAGUUUCACAAACCAGCUGCGCCACAAGACAAAGAGUGUGAUCGCCCAUCUACACGAGGCAUGUGUACAAACAGUCAUGCUUACAGGCGACAAUCUACAUACAGGCAUCCAUGUAGCCCGGGAUUCGGGGAUGAUUCAUCGGGCAAGCGUUGUCAUACUAGGAGUGAUCGAUGAUGUGGGGCUGGAUGUAUCUUGGGUUUGUGAAACUGGGAGUCUGGUGAAUGCUCCAACACUGCGUCUAUUGCAGAGGGGAGGAAGUCGUAACAUCGUGGCCAUGACAGGUGAAGCAUGGAGGCUCCUGCUAAAGAGCCAACCUGACUAUGCAGCUUCCAUUGCUCCUUUCAUCCGUGUAGUUGGACGCUGCACUCCCCACGACAAGGUCUCCGUGGUGGACACUUUCGUAGCGCUGGGAAGCAAGACUAUGAUGUGUGGAGAUGGUGGAAAUGAUAGUGGAGCUCUACGUGCUGCUCAUGUUGGACUGGCACUCAGCAAUGGGGAUGCCAGCCUGGUUGCUCCCUUCACAUCGUUGGACAAGGAUAUUGAAUCGGUGUUGACUGUUCUGAGAGAAGGCCGUGCCACUUUGCACUCAACACUUGCGGUCUAUGCAUAUCUCAUAUUAUAUGGCAACAUUACUUCCUACUGCCAGGUCAUCACAUACUGGCUACAAGCUUCUUUCACAGACUGGAUGUGGACAUUCCUGGAUGGAAUUUGGACUGUCCUAUUCAGCUUGACAUUACCAUUGGCACGCCCAGCAAGCAAGCUCUCAAGCUCGUGCCCAACAGCAUCGCUGCUGUCUCCCCAGAUUGUUCUGAGCAUCUGUGGAAUUGUCCUCUUGAACUGCAUGGCCAUGGGAUGGGCCCUUGGUUCACUCUACAGCAAGGAUUGGUUUCAAUGCCGUAAAUGGAAUGCUGACGACUUUCUGGUAGGAGACAUUCUGCUGGCGGCAGACAACUAUGAAACGCAGGUUGUCUUCCUGGUCGUCACGGCCCAAUGCAUUGCAGCAGCCAUGACAUGCAACUUUGGCUAUGAGUAUCGACAACCUUGGUAUCGCAACUAUCUGUUUGUGAUGGCAUCCCUAGCGGCAACCACAAUUCAUAUCUACAUUACGUUGGUACCAAGUCCUUUGUCUUGUUUUUGGCGAGUGAACUGCUCAAAUGAAGACAUUGUUCGUGGCAUCACAGAUCCUGAACCUCAACCAAUCAACAACCCCUUCAACACCACUGUGAUGCCGGUAGAGUUUCGAUAUGAGUUGCUGGCAAUCAUGAUUGUCAACGCCCUGGCUGUUGCAUCAUUCGAUUUCUUCCUAGUGAAUGGAGUCCGCCAACGCAUUGCGGGGAGAAAGCGAAAUCAUACAGCUGCCAACCACCAAGGUCGCAGACAGGUCCCUCUUCACAAGAAUUCCGUGCUUGAAAGUAGAAGAACCACAGUCGCUAGUAUCGACGACAUGUUGGGUUCCGAAACGUAUCGACCCGGUACGAGUUCGGUCAGUCCUGUAGCUGGAGAUAAGGUUUAA